AUGAGUAAUUACGGUUCACCUGAUGAUGGAGAGCUGACGGACGACAGUCAUGGACAACAAGAAAAUUGUAGCGAAUGGCAUUCUGCCGCACAUAGUCAAAGAUCCUCAUCGAGUUCGCCUGUCGCCAUGCCUACACAACCUGUUGAGAGAAAGAAGAUCGAAUUCACCAAGAUGGAUAUUGAAAGGCUCGCUGAUUUAGGCGAGGAAGACCGUUUACGGAGAAGGCUCCUCGAAAAGCGCGAAAGGGAGGCAAAACACAGCGACGAUGAAGAGAUGUUCUCAAUACAACCCAAGAAGAUCAAGAGCGAUAAGCCUGAUAAGCCACGAGAAAAGCACCGAGACAGAGAUCGGAAAGACCGUGACCGGGAUCGAGAAGGUGAUCGCCAAAAACAUAAGCACGGAGAUCGUCGUGAUAAAGAUAGAGACCGAGAGCGCAAUGACGACAAGCACAAAAAGAAACAUGAACUAGACAACCGAAGCAAAUCAGCUCCUCGCUUGUUAGGGAAACACCAUCGUGAGAAGAGUGAUAAACGGCCGAGAGGGGAAGACAGUGAGAGAGCACGAAAGGAACGUCAAGUAAAAAAAGAACAAAGUCGAACACCGUCUCCUGAAGAGAAAUUUGCUGGUGUUGUGAAGAGGAAGGAACGACAUAUUGCUAUAGACGUGUUGAAAAAGAAAGAAAGGGAUGUUGUAAAGGAACCAAAGAAGCCUGAUCCGAUCCCCAUGUUAUUAGAGCAAGAGCGAGUAAGCAUAACGGUUACAAAAACUGAAGGUGUUGAAGCAGUGAUGGAAGAGGAAGAAACUUUCCUUGCAGAAAGCGAAAUCACUUCCUUCACUUUGGAUUCUCCUGCCGGCCCUCAAAAGUACUCAAAAUUUGACAGCAGUCCAGAAGCUGGUGGACCCGACGAUCAAACACCGGAGCACAGUGAUGGGGGAUACGAUGAAAUAGAAGCCGAAAUAGAACCUGCAGAGCCAGAAUUUGAUCCUUCCACUGCCACUUGGGAGACUUUAACAGAGGAGCAGAAAUUGUUGCUAUCUCCUGAUACGAAGAAGCGGUUAGAAAGUGAAUAUCAAUUCCGGUUGAUAGCACAAUUACCGAUUUAUUAUGCAUCUUUCAUGGGAUGUCGAAAUGUUGUUGAAUUUGAUUGUGUGAAUCGAGUAGAAGAAGGAACUUUUGGAGUUGUGUAUCGAGCAAAGAACAAACGAACAGACGAGAUUGUCGCCUUGAAGAGGUUAAAGAUUGAAAAAGAACGAGAAGGAUUUCCAAUAACUGCACUUCGAGAGAUCAACAUGCUUCUAAAGGCCGGAAAGCAUGAAAAUAUAGUAAAUGUACAAGAGAUCUUGAUUGGGAGCAACGCGGAUAAAAUAUAUUUAGCUAUGGAAUUUGUGGAACACGAUAUGAAAAAUCUUAUGGACACGAUGCAUAAGCGUGGAAAACGGUUCAGUUUUGGUGAACAAAAGACAUUAAUGAGGCAGUUACUAUCGGGAUUGAAACAUCUUCAUGAUAACUGGAUUCUUCACCGGGAUCUAAAAACCUCGAACCUACUAUUUUCUCACAAAGGGAUUUUGAAGAUAGCUGAUUUUGGAUUGUCCAGGGAAUACGGCGAUCCUCUCCGGCCUUAUACAGCUGUAGUUGUUACAUUGUGGUACAGAGCCCCUGAGCUACUACUCGGUCAAAAGAUUUACUCAACUCCUAUUGAUCUUUGGUCCGUCGGUUGUAUAAUGGGAGAGUUUGUAUUAUUAAAGCCACUAUUUCCUGGAAAUGGGGAGUUAGAUGAGAUAAACAAAAUAUUUACGGAACUCGGGACGCCAUCGGAUACCAUUUGGGAAGGAUACAGUGAUCUGCCUGGGCCAAAACUCAUGAAAUUAGGGAAUUACCCCUACAACCAGCUUCGAAAAAAGUUUCCUGCUUCACUUAUGAAUGAGAGCGGUUUCAAGUUACUAAACAGGUUUCUUACCUACGAUCCCAAUCGGCGUAUCACAGCUGAAGAAGCAUUAAAUGACAAGUGGUUCACGGAAGAUCCAAAGCCCACUCCUCCCGAGAUGUUCCCAACGUUUCCAGCAAAAAGCGAACAACAUCGGGCACCACCCCCUAAUGCUGCUUUAGCAAAUAAGAAGACCGAGAUCAUUAAUCCUGAACGUGCAAAAUUACUCGCAGAUCUCAAAGUCCGACCUGAUCAAGUUACUUCCGGUUCUUUCUCUUUGAAAUUUGACAAAACGAGGUUUUGA